AUUAUUGAAUCAAUUUCGCUUUUUUUGAUUCAGUUCAUUUUUCUGGGAGUGCUUGCAGCCUCCAACUCCUUGAUAAAUUUGGAUUUGAUGAGUUAUUGCCAGCUUGGCUAUACUGCUCUUUCGUACAAUUUAUAUGGUUGCUACUGUGGAAUUGGUGGUUCAGGAAAACCAAUUGAUGGAAUUGAUGAGUAG